UUGCAGUGUCACCCCCUCUUUCUCUGCUAUUAAGAAAUGUCGAGGGACGGCGUUUUGUCAAGAGUGAAGGGACAGUUUUACAGUAAAUCUAUCAAUAGUUCGCGAGUAACGCGCAAUUGACAUGUGAAAGAGAGGGUGUUGCCUUUGCUGCCAGUGCACUGACUUGCAACAUGCGCGUUUGCUUAGUGGACAGCUCCGGAGAGAGAGCAGAGAGGGCUUAGAGAAGCAGGUGUGCGAUUUCAUUCGGAAAUUCCGCCGGUGAAAGGCUUGGUAUAAGCUGUCUGUUUCCAGUCUCAGAUGUGAACGGACUUUAAUUCGGCAAGCAGCCUACAGCAGUCUUUAUCUGGACGGGAUUGUACAGCGUUGCAGUAUUUUUUCUGACCCGACGUUAUCUUUGAGGAACAGAAGGGACUAGGAUCUGGAGCUGAAGCCUGAGGAAGACUGGAGAGGUCUCUGGAACAGUGAACCAAGGAAAGAGUGUCAAUAAGAAAGAAAGAGGGUCUUUGGACAUUUAGCUCACCGAUGCCCAUCUCUACCUGACCCGGCUCCUGUCUUUAGAGUUUAUGACGGAAAGUGUAUCCAUCUACGGUCGAACUGCAAGGAGUGCCCUUCAACAUGAAUACAGCGGAGGUCGUGCUCGCGCUGCCUUGUCACUCACCCUCUCACCCAUGAAGAGGGUACAGAGCUCACCGAAUCUGGCCACAGGCAGUGAGUCUCACUCGUCUGAUUCAGAUGCCUGGAGGUCACGGAGCGUCACUGAUGGCCUGAGGAACGGAGAUGCCAGCAGCUCCUCUCUGGCCGCCAAAGGCUUUCGCAGCGUCAGGCCCAACCUGCAGGACAAGAAGUCCCCCUCACAGGUUCCUCUCCCACCCCCCAGGAGAGACAGCUACCAGUUCCCCCCCGCCGGUCUCUGCCCCCCCUCCUACAGUUCUCUCUCCGCUCUGGCAGAGGUGUUUGGGACAGACUCUGGGUCCUUGGCCUUAGCCCACAAGGAGCAGGCCACCCUGAAGGAAUCCUAUGCCAUGAACAGCUCUUCCUGUUUCUCCUAUUCUGAGAGCACCACUACCUCCUCCUCCAUCCCCCCGUCUGAUCCCGACCCCCGGAGCCCUCCCCUUAACCCGCCCUUCCUCACCAACGACAUCGGUGAAUGGCGAGUCGACGCCUCUGCGACCACCACACACGCUUCCUCCAGCCAGGCUGGACGGAAGGUGUCCUCCCUCAAGCUGACCCCGGUUACCAUCCCCAACCCCCCCGACCACCUCCACCCCCAGCCCAAGGCCCAAAGACCGGCCUCCCCUCCCCCCCCAGCCCCUCCCCCCCGUAAGGAGUCAAAAGGCCCCCAGGCCCCGGGUCACACUGCCUCUGUCUCCAUCCUGAUGAGCCCCCAGUCUCCUGAUCCCAAACCUCCUGCCCCGACACCUGAGGCACCAGCACCAACUCCAGCCCCUUUCUCUGCCCCAGCCCCAACCCUAGCCUCUGCGCCAACCCUGGCCCCAGCCCCAACCUCAGCCUCUGCCCCAGCUCCGGCCUUUACCCUGGCCCAAGCCUCUGCCCCAGCCCUAAUCUCAGCUCAAGCCAUAGGUGACAUCAAGGUGGUGAAGACUCCUCCUCCAGUCCCACCAAGACCGGCCCCAGCAGAUGUGUUGAGCCCUCCCUCCCCUGACCCCGCCUCCCGCCGCUCCCCCUACCACCGCCACAGCUACGACUCCCUAGACUACCUGGCCGGCCUGAUGCCCAAGGCCCUGUCGCCUACCCCCUACGCCCCGUUGGAGCGUGGCAUUGCCACCGGCACGGGCACGGGCCGUGGGGGGGCGGGGACGAACGCAGGCGACGCGGUCUGCGGGCUGCCAUCGCCCUCGGCCUCGCCGGUGACGGUGUCGGCGCUCAGCCACUACUCGUCGUCCACGGCGGGCCUCCUGGAGGAGCUGCAGAUCUGUGGCCUGGACUCACCCGGCGCCUCGCCCACGCCCUCGCCCACCCUCAGCCACGCCUCCACUGCCGGCACCGAUGAUGCUCUAACCUCCGCCGCAGUGACUAACGGUCAAUCAGCCAUGAAUGGAAGCUCCGCCCCCCCGCAGAGACCUCUCUCCCCCCCGGGUUACCCCCCUCCCCCUACCUCCCUCAGCCCUGGGGUGCACAUCCACCACAGCUCAGAGGGCAGUGAGUCAGUGAUGAGGGAGUCGGUGGUGUCAGGCCACACCAGUGUGAGCAGCACGGUGCCCAUCGCCCGUUUCACCGAGGAGGAGAAGAGGGUCUCGGUCAUCAAGGCCCCGCACUACGAGGGCAUCGGCCCCGUGGAUGAGACUGGCAUCCCCAUCGCCAUCCGCACGACUGUGGAUAGACCGAAGGACUGGUACAAGACCAUGUUCAAGCAGAUCCACAUGGUGCACAAAGCAGAUGAUGACUAUGCAGACACGUACAACGCCACGUAUGCCGUCAUAAACAACGACUCCUAUGGCGUGCCCAGAGACCCCACCAUGGCCCACCCUCCGCCCAGGACCCACACGUACCGGCCCCUAGCCAAGAGCCCCUCGGACAACGGGGGGCCCCUGGGGUCUCACAGGGAGCCAUCGCCCUCCCCCGUGCCCCCGCCGCCCCCGCCCAUGCCCUCCCUCCUGCAGCUGAGGACCCGAGACAGCGACCGGGAACGAGAGUCGCCCGACACGAACCAGUGGGGUCCUCCCGACAGGAAAGUGGACACCAGGAAGUACCGAGCCGAGCCCAAGAGCAUCUUCGAGUAUGAGCCGGGGAAGUCCUCCAUCCUGGAGCAGGAGAGGCCGAUAUAUGUGUUAAACCCAGAUGAUAUAGAUCUAGAAAACGAGCCUUGGUAUAAGUUCUUUUCUGAGCUGGAGUUUGGUCGUCCGCCUCCUAAAAAAAGACUGGAUUAUAAUCCAGACAGCUCAGCUCGCCGAUUCACUGAGACCUCCCUGCACAUCGCCCCGGCCGACAGGGGCCCCGACAGGCCAGCCAGCGCUGCCAGCGACUACAGGAAGAGAAGGAAGUCAGAGCCCUCUGUGAGCCAGCCCAACGCCCCGCCGGGGGUGGACCAGCCCAACGCCCCGCCGGGGGUGGACCAGAGCCAGGGUCCGGUCUCCCUGAAACCCCUGGACCCCUACAGAGCCAGCAGCACCCUGAGAAAACCUGUCAUCCGCUCUUCCCCCUCCUCCCCCUCCAGAGCCAAAGGUGGGGAUGCAUGUGACACGUACUCCCCCAGUCUGAGCUCCCCAGGGCCGUACCUGCGCCCCUCUCUGUCCCCCGUGCACUCCGACCGGGGCCACGCCCUCACGGGGGGCGACCCCUCUUCCAAGCACGCCGCCUGCUUUAAGAUUGGCUGGCAGACACAGCGCCAGGACCCCGACACGUGGAGCAGCGUGGAGGAGCCGCCCGCCACGCCAGGGAAGAUGAAGUCACGCAGCUGCGACGACCUGCUCAACGACGGGCCAGCGGGCGCCGACGGGCACGGCGCCCUCCGCUCCGAGAGCGCCGGGUCGCUGGUGUGCGACGGCGACCCCGCGUCCGGGCAGACGGGCUCCGCCUCCUCUCUGCCCCGCCCUCAUCGCCGGCGGGCGCACGACGCCCCGGGCUUCCUGCAGCUCUACCGCAAGAUGCAUCACAUCGACCGCGCCCAGCUGAUCCCCUCGGAGGUCAUCCGCUCGGUCCGCGCCCGUAUCCUGGAGCUGGAGCGCCAGCCGCACCUCCACCGCCACCGCUUCUCCCCCUGGACGCCGUCAUGGGGCGUGGAGGUGCCGCGCGACGUGGUGCCCACCCGCAUCUCCGAGUACGAGACCCUUAUCCAGAAGUCCAAAUCCAUGCCCAACCUGGGUGACAGCGAGGCGCCCUCGGGCGCCACCACGCCGGGCGGCUCCUCGUCCCGGGCCAGCAGCAGCGGGGUGGGCACGCCUGGGUGCCCCAAACGCCGCUUCUCCAUCGAGUCUCUCCUGGAGGAGGACAACAACAAUGGCGCCCCACACGCCACGGACCGGCCCCGCCACCAGCGAGCACGGAGCCCGCCGGAAGGCCAGCCGCGCUCCGAACCGCACCCCGGGCGAGGCUUCCCCACCUCACACCUCCGCCACGCCCUCCCGUCCUCCAGCCCCCGCGGCAACAACAACCCCGAGUACUCGGACAGCGAGCAGGACGCGGCGGCCUCCGACCUCAGCGACUUCAUCCAGGUGGAGGGCUCGUCCUUCUGCAGCGAGAGCGACUUCGACCAUUGCUCGCUCACCUCCUCCGAGAGCCUGUAUGGCUCGUCCACGCUCCACCACCACCACCUCCGACACCCCCACCCCAGCCACCACCACCACCCCAGCCCCAGCCCCAGCCUGGGCCAGGCCCAGGGCUACCAGCACCGGCAUCUCAUCAGCUCCUGUAAGGGCCGCUGCCCGGCGUCUUACACCCGCUUCACCACCAUGCUGCGCCACGAGAGGGAGCGCGCUCGCCAGGAACGGGCCAGACCCCCUCAGCCUGGCCGUGGCGGCGCAGGAGGGGGGAGUGGCGGCGGCGGCCCCCACCAGCCCCCCCAGAGCUCGGGGGCCCAGGGCCAGCAGAGCAUGUCCAAACUGGCCUUCCUGGUCAGCCCUGUGCCUUUCCGCAGGAAAAAAGGCUCCCCCCCCACCUCCGGGCGGAGCGGCACUGGGGGCCGCGGGGGCGGCCGGCCCAAGACCAAAGAGGCCAUCUACGAAGCACUGGACGCUGCCCUGAGGGACAUCUACGAGCACAUCCAGAGGGAGAGGGGCCACGGCAGCACCAGGCUAGCGGACGACAGCAUCCUGCGACGGCUCCUGGCCGAGCUGCUGCCGGACGUGCCUGAGAGAAGCUCCUCGCUGCGGGGGAGGAGCCGGCAGGGGGGGCCCUCCUCCAUGUCGUCCUACCAGGACGGAAGCCCCACAGGGGGCUAUGGCUCCUAUAAACCCGACGGCUCCACGCCGAGGCUGCAGUCCCCGCUCAGUGCCUGUUACGACCGCCAUGCCGACGCCUCCAAUAACAAUGACAAUGCUGAAGAGCAGGGCAAUGGGCAGGCUCACUGCUACGCAGACCAGGAUGCCUCCAGGGGGUACUCAACCAUGGAUGGGGGUCGCCACACCCCUCAGAACAGAAGAUCCACUCCUGACAGAGAGGUCUCCCAUAAGCAGAUGACACAACUCAUUCUCUUGUCUCUCCUCCAUCAGAAGCAGCCGGCCAGAGCCAUUUAUGAUUUUAAGGCCCAAACAGCUAAGGAGCUGAACUUCAAGAAGGGCGACGCGGUGAAAAUCAUCCGUCAGAUCGACAGUAACUGGUACGAGGGAGAGCAUCGCGGACGAGUGGGGAUAUUCCCCAUCUCCUAUGUCGAGAAGAUGCCGUCGACAGAGAAGCAGCAGCCAGUCAGGCCUCCUCCUCCAGCACACGUCAGAGAGAUAGGAGAGGCGGUGGCACGCUACAACUUCAACGCUGACACUAAUGUGGAGCUGUCUCUCCGAAAGGGUGAGAAGGUGAUUCUGCUGAGGCAGGUGGACCAGAACUGGUACGAGGGGAAGAUCCCAGACACUAACAAGCAAGGCAUCUUCCCAGUCUCCUAUGUAGACAUCCUCAAACGCUCCCCUGCCAAGAGCUCCGCCCACAGUUCCCCAGGCAACAGAACACAGGGCUCCACACCCACCAAGCCCUUCCACAGCACUCCUCCACCCCCUCUUAUCCACCACCACCACAUCCAGGCCCCAUCCUCCCUCUGCUCUUCUCCCCUCCUCCCCCCGAGGGGCCUCUCCCUGCAGGCUGUCACCAGCGAGUGGCUCUCCCUCACUAUGGUCCCAUCUUCUCUCUCCGCCCAGCCCUCCCUCACAAGUACCCCCAUCCCCCCCACGCCUCCCCCCUUCCCCGCCAGCUACCUCCCUUAUCUGGACACCCGGGGGUCCAGAGUGACCCCGCCCGCCCCACCCAAAAGAGGCCUCACCCCUCCACUGCGCACCCUGUCUCGAAACUGGACCCCUCUAAUUAAACAGGGACUGUUUGAUUUGAACCCCUACCCCACAGGCCUCUCUUUCUCCCCGCCCCCUGACCCGCCUUAUUCAGUGGUUUCUCCUAUGCCCGGCGGUUACCUCAGUUAUGACAGCGGUAUGGGACUAGGGAACGAUGAGCAGACUCGACCAUUCUACGUGACAGAUGGAGGGGGUUUCUUCUGCACAGAGCCUGAGCCAGUGGCCUCCCCUACAGAAGUGCCUGAAUGGUACAGGUCCAUUACACAGCCAGUACAGUUAAAAAAACAACCCCCAUCUCAUAAAGUAGUGGAUCCCUAUGACCAGCUAUUGUCCAUGAUCCUGGACAGCCCAUUAAGUAACGAAGAUGGGGGAGUUAUCCAGUUGCCUUCAGAGAAACCUAUCCCCACCAUGUUAAGCAAUGAAUCACAGAGCCACGUCAAAUUAGAGGCAGAGAUUCAUUCUCCAAUCACACUGGAUGAUGAAUCACAAAGCAAUGUUACGUUGGAGGCGGAGUUUCAUAGACCGCUGUCGAUGGAGCCCCUGUCGUGGGACAGCCAAUCAAAAGCACUGAGUAGGGAACAGACAGAAUCCUAUAGGCUACAGACAGUAAAAACGGUGGGAUUUUCUGAGCUGUUUAUUGAGGAAGAGGAGGAUGCCAACGAAGAGAAAGGAAGGAUGGAGGAAGGAGAAAACACACAGGUCGCUGCAGAAAGUGGUGCUGUAACGUCAGGCCAUAGUGAAGGGCUCACAGAGGUUGCUGCUCGUUCCAAUUCCCAGUUUCAUGGCACCACGUGCACCCCAACACAGCUCAUCCCCCUCACUUUCCCCCCAUCAACCUCAUCUGUCUCACCCCCGCCCCUUACCUCUCCUCCUGUCUCACCUCCUCCCUCCUCCUCCAGUACCUUGGGCUCAUCACAGACGUUUGAGACACUACACAUCCCCUCUCCUCCCCCGUACUCACCCCUCCCCACCUCUUACUCAUCCUCCCCUCCUCCUCUCCCAUGCUCACCCCUCCCCACCUCUCACCGGCCCUCUCCUCCUCCCCCCUCCUCUUCCCCCCUCCCCACCUCUCACCCAUCCUCUCCUCCUCCCCCCUCCUCACCCCUUCCAUUCUCUCACUCAUCUCCUCUCUCCUCCUCACCCCUCCCCACCUCUCACCGGCUCUCUCCUCCUCCCUUCUCCUCACCCCUUCCAUUCUCUCACUCAUCUCCUCUUCCUCUCUCCUCCUCCCCCCUCCCCACCUCUCACCGGCCCUCUCCUCCUCCCUUCUCCUCUUCCCCCCUCCCCACCUCUCACCCAUCCUCUCCUCCUCCUCCCUUCUCCUCCCCCCUCCCCACCUCUCACCCAUCCUCUCCUCCUCCCCUCUCCUCACCCCUUCCAUUCUCUCACUCAUCUCCUCUCUCCUCCUCACCCCUCCCCACCUCUCACCCUUCCUCUCCUCCUCCUUCCACCUCUUCACCCCUCCCUACCUUUCCUCCCAUAGUAUCAGCCCCUCCGCCAUCCUCCCCUCAUCCUUCCUCCCCUGUUACACAACAGACUCUUCCACCCCCUCUUUCCUCUCCUCCUCUCUCCUCCUUUCCCCCUACCUCUCCCCUUCUCCCGGCCUCCUCCCCCACUCCCCCUCUACCCCUUCCAGAGCCUAGGUCUCCUAAGAUCAAGCCGGCUUUUAAGCACGACCUUGUGGUUGAGGGUAAGCCCCCCCGUAGCCCCGUCACAACCAGGAGGUCCUGUUUGUCACCUGUUAGAGGUCGAAGGCGUUUUGUGCAGGAUGCCUAUCACAGUGGAGGAGACCCGUUCCAGGCCCUGUACAACUACACGCCACGCAACGAGGACGAGCUGGAGCUGAGAGAAGGAGACGUGGUCGACGUGAUGGAGAAGUGUGACGACGGCUGGUUUGUUGGGACUUCUCGACGGAGCAAGCUGUUUGGCACUUUCCCAGGAAAUUAUGUGAAGCAGCUAUAAUGAAGAGUUUUUUGCCCCUGCCCUCCCCUCCAUGAGACCCACAUAAAUCUGUCAGAUAUUAGUAGGGACAAACAACGCCCCACCCCACCACCCCACCCCUCCCACACACACACAUACACACACACACAUACAGCCUGCUGGUUUCACAUGGAAGGAUUCUUAGCUCUAACUAGCCAUCUUUACCGGAUGUAAAUGUAUUCCUCAUGCAGUUACUUAUUUUUAACACUGCAGCUUUUGUAUUCCAACCAGUGACCUUUAACCUUAGGUUUUAUGGGGGGGUGUAAAAUGAAGAUGGCCGAGCAGUGUCUGCAAAACAAUUGGACAGUGCACUUAUGAAGCAAUCAUGAAGAAAGGGUCAACCCUUUGUUGUUACAUCCUCUUCAUCAAUUCAUUGAUUGAAAAGGGAUUGUAUGGUUUCCUUUCACAGGCAAUAACUAUACGUUUGUUCUGACUGUCACUGUAAGUUCCGUUCUGCACUGGAGGGUGAAGAUGGCACUCAAAGGCUGCCGUGAUGCCAUCUUGCCAGUAUAAUAGUCCUACACGUCACACAAAUAUUUCUAAAAAAGUGUAUUUACUCUUGAAUAGUGAAGUAUUGGAAAAAGUGUCUCUACAGAAGGUCAUUGUUCUUAUUUACGUUUAUCUGACACUGUUACAGUAGGUGAAUUCAGAUAAGGAAGCUAGCGAGACAACGCGAUAAAAAAUGGGUGAGAAUCACCUUGGAUAGUGGGAACGAGAAAAGAGAGAUUCACACCACUGUCACAAACCUGCAGCCAUUCCCUAAGAAAGAAGACUAGUGGGGAUGGAUAUAGAUAUCACGGUCAAUUCAUAAGGAAAUUGUUCGAGGGAUGUUUGUAGUUGAGCGUAUAGAUAAUACCUUAACGUAAUAUUUCUAACAUGCUUAGUGGAAGUCUAAUUGUGUUGCUCUGUGUGAGAAACAGCAUUUGAAAUAUUAGGCGGAGCAGUGUUCAAAUAGUUUUUAACCUGGAGUUGAUAGACUUGGUAAUUAUCUGUGUUUGAGCAUUUUUCCCACAAGCAUUUUCUGAGCAGACCACCACUGCAGACAUGGUUAUUGUUGAUUUUGUUUGAAAAUGUUGGAACAAAGUAUGCAAAAUGGUUGCCCAGUUUUAUAUGUAAAAUAUAUUUAUGAUGGGAGAAAAUGUAUUAAGUAUAGUUUUAGACAUCUUUUUGAAGUGUCCAGCAGCCACAGAGUAAUGCAAGGUAUACACACUAUCUCUGUAUACUCAGUGUAUUAUAUUCUUGUCGAAGUGCCCUAAGGUGAAGUGUACUUUGCAACCAACAGCAAAAAAAGACCCUUUCCUUUUGGGAAAUUGUAUUAAUGUAUUCCUGUGAGGUUUUAUUUGAGAGGUUUGUUGUUGAAUAUUACAUAUGACAUGAGGUUACUGUAGCUAAUGAACAUUCAUUUAGUUGCCUGUGUCCAAAUGUCAUGGUUUCUGUAUUAAUUUAAGAAUGAUUUGGGAUAAAUUAAUAGCAUUUAUUUGAAUAUGACAGCUACACUGACAGAUUUUUUUUCAUUAGAUUGUGACAGUGCCCUUUUGCCUGCCUGAAUGAAUGAUAGAAUGACAGUAUAAUAAUGUAUUGUGGUAAUAGGUAUAUUGUCAACUUGGCUUUAUUGUGUUCAGCGAAUAUGAUUUAUGACUUUCUUUGGCCUUUUUUGCGUUUAAAUGAGUAUGCAUUCACAAAGGAUGGACACUGACAGUAGAACAAUCGUUAAAGCACCUUAAUAUGUCAUUUUUUCUUUUUGUCUCAGUUUAGUUCUUUGUUUUUCUCCACCACUCAUUCUAUCCACCACUGUCCCUGGGUUUGAAAACACGCUGUGUGUAACAGUGUUUUUGUAUGCCUUUUGUAUGAGAGCUGUAAAAUGGCAGACGUUCACUACUUUAUAAAGUCUUCUUUGUUUCUCACCCAC